GCUCCUGACUGACGUCACAUAUGCGCAAAUGACAUGUGUCUGGCAGAGAAAUAUUCGUGCGUUGUACUUUUUCUCCAUUGUUGCAGUGAUUUAAAUUGUUUACGGGAGUAUUGAGCGGUCAGUGAAUCCCGCCAGUUAGCUGUCAUUGAGCCGGCCGGCCGGCCGGCCGGCCACCUCCGCGAGUAGUCUUCAGUCACCGGGUCUCAGAUGGCGGAUGUUAGCGGGGAAGCUGCAGCUUCUCUCAGGCAGAGGAGUGAGAGCAGGAGCGACACUGGAGUUGCUGCCCCGGGAAACCAGACCCUGUCCAAGAGGCAGAAAAAGAAGCUCCUGAAGCAACAGAAAUGGGAGGAAGAGAGAGAGCUGCGAAAACAUAGAAGAAAGGAGAGGAAACAGCAGCGCAAACUGCAGAGACAGAAUACCCAGCUGGAGAACAGAGGAGACGGUCCGAGUAGCCGGAAACGGCCAUGCACAGAGGCUAUGCCCAGCACUCUCAGGCUGCUGGUGGAUUGCAGCUUUGACGACCUCAUGCUUAUCAAGGACGUUCGGAAGCUCCACAAACAGAUCCAGCGCUGCUACGCUGAGAACAGACGGGCUUCACACCCUGUUCAGUUUUAUCUAACGAGUCUGGGAGGGCAGCUGAAGCAGAGCAUGGAUGAAAAGGACAAAGGAUGGGUGAACUGGAAGGACAUCACCAUUAAAGCAGAACACUACAGUGAAGUGGUGGCUAAGGAUGAGCUGGUGUACCUGACCUCGGACUCCCCCAAUGUGGUGGAGGAGCUGGACCAGAAGAAGGCCUACGUGAUCGGAGGCCUGGUGGACCACAACCAUCAUAAGGGCAUUAGUUAUGAGCGGGCGAAGGAGCUGGGGAUCGGCCAUGCACAGCUUCCUCUGAGCAGUUUUGUUAAAAUGAACAGUCGGAAGGUUCUGGCGGUCAAUCAUGUUUUUGAGAUCAUCCUGGCUUAUCUGGAGAAGGGCAGCUGGCAGGAGGCUUUCUUCACCGUUCUGCCUCAGAGAAAGGGAGCCGUAGCCGUCAGCCAGGAUGGAACAAACCGCCAGGAGAACCAGGAUGAUGAUGAAGGUCCCAAUUCUGACUCGAACCUGGACGCAGCAGAGAAAACUGUUAUUAGAGUCCAAAACUGACUAAUGGACACAUCCUAGCUUAUAGUACCAACGUCUGAGGAACUGAAAAUGUCAUUUUUUGGUUUUGUUUUUCAUUUUCAGCCACUUUGUUUUAGUGG